ACCGUAGGACCGUAGGGUAUAUAUAACAUAGCUCGCUGGUCACAUCAUUCCCUCGCUGUGCAUGGCUCGAAGACCUUCGAUUCAUCACCCCCUCCUCGUGCGAACGCCGCGAUGUUCCUGCGCCUCUGCACGUGGAUCACAUGGGUCCGAGCUCUUGGCAUCGCUCCGGUGUCGACCGGCGUGGUCGAUGGUGUGGGGGACGUGAACUUGUCCGUGCGCGUGGAUUUUGGAGAUGACAACUCCAACUGUGGAGAGCCCAUUUGCGAUGCACUGAACACAUCAUGUCUCGCGAAAGUUCCGAAGCUGCAGCUGGAGCUGUGCCAGUCCUUGGGUUCCAUGUCCGUGGAGUAUGUCACCACUCCCACGGAGCAGGUCCGACACCGACGUUCGUGGGCGCCGCACGACUCCUGAAGGUGAGCAAUUACUUCCAGAGCAAUGACUGCACCGGCAGCAGCAUCUCCUCAGAAAGCGUUCUGCAGGGGGCUUGUACCCCUCGCAGCAGUGACAAGGAAGCCCGUCAAUACUUUCCGCUGGUCGGGGUGUGCAACAAUGCAUCAACGGCUGCCUUUCUCCAGCGCUACAUCUCUGAAACGCCGCUCUACGGAUCAGCGGAAGAGUUUCCGACGGAUGUGUGCCUGAGCAACGGUGAAGCAGAAUCCAAGGUCUACAGCAUCCAUGAAGAGAAGGUGUUUCGUGUGACAUAUGGAAACAACAACUGCACUGGCUCAGCAGAGAGCGUCAAUGACAUCACCAGCCGUGCUAGCAUCUUCGGGGUUUUUUUGCUUGGACUUUGCCACCGUGAACAUCGACUGGAACUUGGACGGCAUCCUGAACAACGAUGGUCGCAAUGUCUCGCAUGAACUGGUGACCACGACCACGAGCACGACCACGACCACGAGCACCACCAAGAGCACGACCACGGUGACCACGACCGAUGGAACCAGCGCCACGACCUCGAACGAGACCAUGUCGGAGAACGGGACCACCACAGGCUCUGCAGCAAUCGGAGGGUCCCAAAGAAGGACCUUCAUGGGGGUUUGGAUGAUUGCUUUCAUGUUCGUGAAGUAGUUUUGUCUCACACAUGUGCGAACUGUGGGAACCCCACAUGAUGAGAUGCCCAACGAC